AAGAACAAGAAAACAGUAAAGACAAAAGGGACCCUUCACGCUUUAUCGACAGCGUAGCCAUGAAGAACAAGUCUUUGACACCAGAAAAACAAAAAACACUCCAAACAUUAAAACUCACUCUAACACAACAGUUACAAAGCAAAACAACUCCUUAAAAGGUUCUGGUUUUUCAUUGUUCCAAGAGGCAAGCUUUGGAAUUUUCUUGGGGUUUCAUCUCCAUUAUUCUUCAAUUUCAAAACCCACCAAGGGAUAUCAUAGCAGUUUCCUCUUUAGACAUGCUUUUGGGUCAUCUUAAGUAACUUCUUAGGUUACUUCCGGGGAUUAGUCUCUGCAGAUGCACGCGGAUAUAUCUUGGUUUACAAUAAAAAAAGCUUUUCUUGAUGUCACUUUCACCUAGCUUAGGAUCUCCCCAUCCAUGGCUUAGAGAACUGAAAUCUGAGGAAAGGGGUUUGUACUUAAUCCAUUUGUUGCUCACUUGUGCAAAUCAUGUAGCUGCUUGUAAUCUUGAGAAUGCAAAUGCAACACUUGAGCAAAUUUCAAUGCUUGCUUCCCCUGAUGGGGAUACAAUGCAGCGAAUCGCGGCGUAUUUUACCGAAGCACUUGCUGAUAGGAUACUUCAGACAUGGCCUGGUCUUCACAAAGCCCUCAACUCUACUAGAAUGGUUAUGGUUUCAGAAGAAAUUCUUGUGCAAAAGCUCUUCUUUGAGCUUUUCCCUUUCUUGAAGAUAGUAUUUGUUCUCACAAAUCAGGCUAUCAUUGAAGCAAUGGAAGGUGAGAAAAUGAUUUGUGAACCUGCUCAGUGGAUUGCACUACUUCAAGUUUUGAGUGCACGUCCCGAAGGCCCUCCACAUUUGAGAAUCACCGGUGUUCAUCGGAAGAAAGAGGUUCUGGACACAAUAGCUCAUAGACUGAUCGAAGAGGCUGAAAAGUUGGAUAUACCAUUCCAAUUCAAUCCUGUUGUCAGCAAAUUAGAAAACCUCGAUUUCGACAAACUUCGUGUUAAAACUGGGGAGGCAUUAGCAAUUAGUUCUACUCUCCAAUUGCAUGCCCUUUUAGCCUUUGAUGAUGAAACCAUGAAGAAAAAAUCGCCUCUUUUGUUAAAAAGCUCAAAUGGAGUUCACUUGCAAAGAUUCAAGCCAAUGAACCAAAGCACAUUAGGCGAUUUGCUUGAGAAAGAUAUGGUUAAUGGAUAUACCAGAAGUCCUGACUCAACCUCAUUGUCGCCGGCUUCUUUGAACUCUUCAACUUCAAUGAACAUGGAAAGUUUUCUCAAUGGCUUGUGGUGUUUAUCACCAAAAGUCAUGGUUGUAACAGAACAAGACUCUAAUCAUAAUGGCUCAACUCUUAUGGAUAGGUUACUAGAAGCUCUAUAUUCUUAUGCAGCAUUAUUUGAUUGUUUAGAAUCCACAGUUUCAAGAACCUCAUUGGAGAGAUUAAGGGUGGAGAAGAUGCUUUUUGGUGAGGAAAUCAAGAACAUUAUAGCAUGUGAGGGAUAUGAGAGAAAGGAAAGACAUGAAAAGCUUGAUAAGUGGUUUAUGAGAUUUGAUUUAGCUGGAUUUGGCAAUGUGCCUUUAAGUUAUUUUGGUAUGUUGCAAGCAAGGAGGUUCAUGCAGGGUUAUGGUUGUGAGGGAUAUAGAAUGAAGGAAGAAAAUGGUUGUGUAGUUAUAUGUUGGCAAGAUAGGUCCUUGUUUUCAGUAUCAGCUUGGAGAUCUAGGAAGUAAGAAAAAAAAUAUCAAAAGCUAGAAUGAUAAUGGGAAAAAAAUAAUAGGGAUGAAGUAUUCAUUUUUUGUUUUGUUUCUGUUUUCUUUGUAUGAAAGUCUUUUGUUCUUAUAGUAAUGACUAUUCAUCAUUAUUGAUUUUUAGAUAUAUACUCUUACUCUC